CGGUCGCCAUAUUCAUUCAUCUCCGCCAUAUUUUUCUGUGAGUCGCCCUUUGCUUUUUAGGGUAGAGUGGAUUUUUAUCGUAAUUAUUAGAAUAAUGGUUUUUAUGAGUUAACUGUAACAUUCUUAGUAUUAGUGGUUAGUGCAAUAUACGUGAAACAAAAAAUAAUCCUGUUUAGUGGCAAUUGUGUGGUUAUAUCUGUAUUUCCUGUAUCGGUUCUUCAAUCUAUUCUAAACAGAAAAUGGCUGACGGUGUUGGUGCGGGUGUCUCCUUUGUUUAGACUGAUUUUUAGUGAAAAUAAGCAUCAAAAGAAAUAAUGCCUAGUGCCUCGUUUUCCUCUUCGCGUUCUUACGUCCGUAGAUCGCGAAGAAAAGGCGGACACAGAAUACCACUUCCAUCCAGGACACAAUCAAGUGAACCAUGUGAAUCUGUACCUUGCCCGAACAACGUGACAGGCAGCGCGAUGGCGGCGACGGCGUGCGCCGGGCCGAGCGGCAGCGGCGGCGGCGGGUCGGGCGGCGCGCCCCCCGUGCCCGCUGCGCCCGCCGCCGCCACGCCCGCCGGACACCACAGCCCCUACGACCUGCGCCGCAAGUCGCCGCCAGCCUACCACGAGCCAGGACCCUCCGGCGCCUGUUCGCUGCCCGCCAGGAAGAGGCCUAGGACAUCUUUGUCUCAAGGCGUGGACGUGUGCAACGUGUCGCAGUACUUGCAGUACGAGCUGCCGGACGAGGUGCUGCUCUGCAUCUUGUCGCAUCUCACAGAGCGCGACCUCUGCCGCGUCGCGCAAGUCUGCAAGCGGUUUAACACCAUCGCCAAUGAUACAGAACUAUGGAAAAGUCUGUACCAGUCGGUGUUCGAGUACGACACGCCGCUGAUGCACCCCGCGCCCUGCCAGUUCGAGUUUGUCGCGCCCGACGAGUGCGACGCCGACAACCCCUGGAAGGAGAGCUUCCGCCAGCUCUACUACGGCAUCCACGUGCGUCCCAACUACCGCCCCAAGAAGGAUUCGCGCAUCAAACAUUUUAAUACUAUCAGGGCGGCAUUGGAGUACGUGGAGGAGCGCAGCGGCGUGUCGUGUGCUAGCGGGGGCAGCUGCAGCUGCGGCGGGGGCGGGGGUGGCAGCGGGAGUAGCGGGAGCUCGAGCUCGUCCGGGGGCGGGAGCGGGGGUGGGGCCGCGGGCGUGUGCUCGUGCCGGCGAGCGCCCGCCCCGCCCCCCGCGCUGCUCUUCGUGCACGCUGGUCUCUAUCAAGAGGAAUGCCUCGCCAUCGACACUGAUGUGCAGCUCAUUGGCUGCGCGCCCGGCAACGUGGCGGAGUCCGUGGUGCUGGAGCGCGAGGCAGAGUCGACGCUGACGUUCGCGGAGGGCGCCAACCGCGCGUACGCCGGCUACAUGACGCUCAAGUUCUCGCCCGACGCCACCAGCACCAUGCAGCACCACAAGCACUACUGCCUCGAGGUCUCCGACAACUGCUCGCCCACCGUCGACCAGUGCAUCAUACGCAGCGCCAGCGUCGUGGGUGCGGCGGUGUGCGUGAGCGGCGCGGGCGCGAACCCCGUGAUCCGUCACUGCGACAUCAGCGACUGCGAGAACGUGGGCCUGUACGUGACGGACUACGCGCAGGGCGCCUACCAGGACAAUGAGAUAUCUCGCAACGCGCUCGCCGGCAUUUGGGUGAAGAACUUCGCCAACCCCAUCAUGCGCCGCAACCACAUACACCACGGCAGGGAUGUCGGUAUAUUCACAUUUGAAAAUGGACUGGGUUAUUUCGAAGCGAACGAUAUCCACAACAACAGAAUAGCCGGUUUCGAAGUGAAAGCCGGCGCCAAUCCCACCGUAGUUCACUGCGAGAUCCACCACGGUCAGACCGGAGGUAUCUACGUGCAUGAGUCCGGUCUCGGACAGUUCAUAGACAACAAGAUACACUCCAACAACUUCGCCGGAGUGUGGAUCACCUCCAACAGCAACCCCACCAUACGCCGCAACGAGAUAUACAACGGACAUCAAGGCGGGGUGUACAUAUUCGGCGAGGGACGCGGACUUAUUGAGCACAAUAAUAUAUACGGGAAUGCAUUAGCUGGCAUACAGAUUCGCACAAACAGCGACCCCAUAGUACGGCACAACAAGAUCCACCACGGGCAGCACGGCGGCAUCUACGUGCACGAGAAGGGGCAGGGCCUCAUCGAGGAGAACGAGGUGUACGCCAACACGCUCGCCGGCGUCUGGAUCACCACCGGCUCCACGCCCGUGCUGCGCAGGAACCGCAUACACUCCGGCAAACAGGUGGGUGUUUACUUCUACGACAAUGGUCACGGCAAGUUGGAAGACAAUGACAUCUUCAACCACCUGUACUCGGGGGUGCAGAUCCGCACGGGCAGCAAUCCCGUCAUCCGCGGCAAUAAGAUCUGGGGUGGACAGAAUGGCGGCGUGCUCGUAUACAACGGCGGCCUCGGUUUACUCGAACAGAAUGAGAUAUUCGACAACGCUAUGGCCGGCGUCUGGAUAAAGACUGACUCGAACCCAACGCUCAAGAGGAAUAAGAUUUUUGAUGGACGCGAUGGAGGCAUAUGUAUUUUUAAUGGGGGAAAGGGCGUGUUGGAGGAGAACGACAUCUUCCGCAACGCGCAGGCGGGCGUGCUGAUCUCGACGCAGAGCCACCCCGUGCUGCGCCGCAAUCGCAUCUUCGACGGCCUCGCCGCCGGCGUCGAGAUCACCAACAACGCCACCGCCACGCUCGAGCACAAUCAGAUAUUUAACAAUCGAUUUGGAGGUCUGUGCCUGGCGUCGGGCGUGUCGCCGCUGGUGCGCGGCAACAAGAUCUUCAGCAACCAGGAUGCUGUGGAGAAGGCUGUGGGCGGCGGACAGUGCCUCUACAAGAUAUCCUCAUACACCUCCUUUCCUAUGCAUGACUUCUAUAGAUGCCAGACAUGCAACACGACAGACCGGAAUGCAAUUUGCGUCAAUUGCAUCAAAACGUGCCAUUCAGGACAUGAUGUAGAAUUUAUACGCCAUGACAGAUUCUUCUGCGACUGCGGUGCGGGCACGCUGUCGAACCAGUGCCAGUUACAGGGCGAGCCCACGCAGGACACGGACACGCUGUACGACUCCGCCGCGCCCAUGGAGUCGCACACGCUCAUGGUCAACUGAGCGCAGCCCGCCGCGCCCAGGGGGCCCACCGCGCCAACCGCGCCCACCGCGCCCACCGCCCCGCCCACUGCGGCACUUCUCACUAUGCUCUAACAUUGCUGCUUCUACGUAAGUUGACAAGGUUAAAUAAUGUUGUUAGAAAUUAUUUUCCUUACAAUUUCAUAUAUCGACAGGUGAAAGGCUAUUUGUUUCAACCGCCAUUUUAGGCGAUAUGGAUUAUUCAGAAUUGGCGAAUUUUUCUGCGUCGUUUGAACCGGGUUUCAUAAAGAUCGGAGUACUUUUGUAGCGCUUGAAACAAUCGAAAUGUUGCUGUCGUUUUUAAAUAGCCAUUUAUGAAGCGCCAAAAAAUCAGCAGUUUAUUAAUAGUCAGUGGAUUGAAUGAAGUAUGCAGAAUUAUAGUAAUUUUAAUAGGAACCGGUCUGAAAACCUUUCAAUUAAAAUUAUUUUAAGAAUUUGUUUUUAUAUUUUUUUUUCUAAAAAUGAAAACUUUAAAUGGCUCUUCUGAACAUUUAACCUAAUGGCGAUUAAAAAAAAUAGACUUUCAGCCAUCGAUACGUUUCUAACUUCAACACUCAAAUUUGUUAGUCACUAACAAGUAUCUAAGUGAAUACUUAUUCCAAAUACUAUCUUGGAUCACUGUUAUACAACUUGAGUGAAGCUUCUUUUUUUUUUCUUUUUUGUAUCUAUCUUCUAUUUUUCUUGUUUCAACGUCAUAUUACCGUUUAUACAAUGUUAAGGUUUGAGCAUAGUGUGAUUGUUGUAUUUUGUAUCAUAAUGUAAGGAAUACAUUGCCAAGCGGCUUUUUAUACACUGACAGAUACAGCUUUAAUGAGAUUAGUCACUUUAUUAAAGCUAGCAUUCAUAUGCUUAAAUGAAAAUGAUGUAUGGGCAUUAAUACUGAAAUCAUGAAAACAGCGUGCAUGUCAAUAUGACUGCUAUAUGUUAGAAACCAGAUUCGCAGUUGCUGAUAAAAUCAUGUAAAACAGUGGUGUAAAACUUGUGAAACAAGUGUUAAAAUUAUUGGAGAAAACUUGAUCUCAACAAAAUUGGUCCAUCCAAGGACUUGGCCUUUAUUUUUAAGUCCACUAAAAUGGCUUAUUUUAAAAGGCUCUUGAAAUCCAAAUAUAGAAACAUUUUAAAUUUUAAUAAUUCUGAAGUAAAAUGCAAUUUUCAAUAAUGUAUACCAGAAAGUAAUAAAAAAACAUAUCAUGCUUCAAUACUGUACUUUAAAACCAAUUCUGGUAAAAAAAUAUUUAGGCUGGAAGAUGAAAAACUAAAUUGUGUGUGUUGAAACAAAAAUGUUUAUGUCCCAUACAUUACAAUUUAUGUUACUUUUGGACACAUUGGUGUAAAGGUAUUUUCGAUCGGUCCAAAGGGAAGCCCAUUUAUAUCGAUUUAAAUAUAAUUUUAAGAUGCAAAAGGUACCUUUUUUAUAUGUGGACAUAACCAAUUUUGAUUCUAUACCUGACAUAUUGUUUUUUAACUAAUGACAUGAAGAUCAUAAAUCAUGAUAAUUAUCUACAUUGGUAUUUAAAUAUUAUCUAAUAUCAAUGGAAAAUAUAAUGUUUUUGUCAAAUAUAAUUCUUAUGAAUAUAAAUAUGACAGCUAUGUCAUAAAAAUGUAAAUUAUGGAAUAAUAUGUUAUUUCUUAGUACAGUGUGACGUAAUCACUUCCAUUAUCAUUGGUACAACAGAUUAAAUCAAUUAUAUGCAAUUUAGUAUUGUAUCGUUUGCUUUAAUAUAAAUAAUAAGUGUAUGUGAAACUGAUUUUUGUUUUAAGUUUUUAUUUGAAUAUGUUGGCCAAUGAUAUGGUUGAAGCGGUGGGCGCACUUACCUCACGUCACCUAACAAUUAUUUUUAUUAUCUAAAACUCGUUCGUGACAUCUCGAGUUACGGAGCCAUUGUAUAGACCGACAAGGAUGUCUGACCCGGUGCGUAUAAGUCAAACUAAAUUGAGACAAAACACUAAGGCCAAAGUUUUUGUUGUACUUUGUCAUUUUUAUCUCUAAAUUCUACUUAUUUUCAAACAUAACUAACCGUGAUACCAGCUCGUUUUACCGGGCCAGAUAUCCUUGUGUGACUAUACCUUUGUAUUAUAGAUGACGAAGGAAUGUUGUUACGCUAUUUGUAUAUGUAGAGGCGUCUUUUUUAUCAUCGGUACUUAAUAAUGUAUUUCAUCGUGUAGUCUAUCGUGCAUUCCCUAAAAUUGUAAUCACCCAUAAAGUCGCGUCGAUAUCAUAGAGUAAUGUUUUUUUUUCUUUGUAAGAUGUUCCGGUUGGCGGUAUGUUUCUACCGGAACUAUUCGUGAUGGGGAUGAUUUCUAUUUUCUUUUAAUUUUUUACCGAAGCUGACUCGAUGCGUACGUUUUUAUCAUACGAUCAGUCCGGUCCUGCGACUGAGACGGUCCUGGACCGGCUACGAUUUUGUAACAUUAUAAACUUAAAUAAUGUUAUGUUUUUAUCAAUUUGACGAGAUGAUUUUUAUUUUGGAGCAUUUAUCGAGUAGGUCUCCUGAAGGUGAGAUAAGUUGGUGUUUUAGUUAAUAAAGAUAUUUGUGCGAGUAGGUCCGAGGGGCGGGGGCGGGGGCGUGGCCGGGGUCCGCCUCGCCUAACUAGUUUUGGCGCUCCUCUGAUGCGCUUUGUAAAUAUUUAUGUCACACAAUAAUCGAAAAUGUAGUAAUUAAUGUAUUUGUAUCAUUAUAUUUUUAUUAUUAUCGAUCACAAGCUGUAUGUUUAAUUAUUAUGAAGUACGUACGUACGCUCGGGACGCGGGCGGCGCGCCAGCCGCCAUUGUAUAUUGGAUAAUGCAAACGAAGAAGGAAUCUGCGUAUUUAAUUGGAAAAGAUCUUAGGUACAAUUGAUAUUUUAUUAUAUUGUUAAUUUAAUGGUGGUAUUGAUGAGACGCUAGGGAGCAUUGCCAGAGCAGGAGCGUCGAGCGGCAGCGGAGCUCGUAGCUGUAAGUUAGCCGGUAAGCUGUAAUGAAAUAUGAAUUACUCAAUAAUCACUAUUGCAAAAUUUCGAAUUGUUAAAUCGUCUCCAAAGCACGGUAUGUUCUUGAAUCUGCUUUUUUUAUAAUCCUCAAUCUGUGAUCAUCGAUAAAUGUGUAAGUUAAUCAAACGUACGUGUCAGCGGCCGGCUGCGGGUGCGCGCCGGCGCGCCGACAGCGCCAGCCACGCCGGGAUUACUGUGGCACCGACGCUUUAUAUAAUUGAAUGUGAAAAUUGUUAUUUAUUGAAUUGUCAGUAUGUUCAUUAUUUAUUGAAUUCAAAUCUGGGAUAUUUUUGUUUAUACCUGAAGAUACCACUGUAAAAGCCGUGAUAUACAUCGUAUAAUAUUAUA